UUUUGGUUUCGCCCGAUCUGAGGCGCAGUCCCGCAGGCAGUCAGUACGCGCGCGACGCUUGUAGUGUUGUGUCUGUGUGCGUGUUACUACUGAGAGGAGACCGCGAUGCCAUACAAAUGCACAGUCUGGAUUUUAAAUAAGCGGCAUUUAAAAUGAAGAGGCAAAUACCUGUGAAGAAAAUAUCAUAAGUAGCAAGUCAAGAAGAAGCCAGCGUGUGUUUGUGUGUGAAUGAAGAUCCAUAAGCCAUGUCUUUUACCUCCAAACAAGAGAGGACGGUGUGUGUCCUCCUUCCCACCAAAGAGACACUGGACAUCAAAGUGGGGCUGAAAGCAACAGGUCAAGAUGUGUUUCAGCGUUUAUGUGAACUUCUCGGGGUCAAGCAGCUGCACUACUUUGGACUGACUUUAGUGAAAAACAAUGAGUACAUUUUUUUGGACCUGGAGGAGAAACUUGCCAACUACUUCCCCAAGGAGUGGAAACAAGACUCAGGGAAGGGGUCGCAGAAGAGGUCAAUACCACCCCUGCUCUGUCUGAAGGUUCAGUACUAUGUGGAGAAUGGCAGACUCAUCUGCGAGCGUAAAGCGAGGAAACUUUACUACUAUGACCUGCGUGAACGUGUCCUGCGAUCAGAAUGCAGACAGCAGGAGGAAGUGUACUUCCAGCUCGCAGGAUACGCCCUACAGGCCGAUCACUUUGAGCACUCCUCAGAUGGUCACAGUCAGGGACACGCUGCGUAUUUCCAACCCAAAGAAUACUUCCCUCCUUGGAUAAUUGCAAAGCGUGGCGUUGACUACCUGCUGCGUCACGGGCCCAAGGUUCAUAAAGAGAUGUGGGGGAUGUCUUCUCGUGACGCUAUCUUGCUGUUUAUCAGAGAAUCGUGUCGUCUGGAGGAUGUCCCAGUCACCUUUUAUCGCCUACAGAAGGAUAAGAAAGAAGAGAAAGGUUCAGCCCUUCUUGGACUCACGCUCAGAGGAAUGCAAGUGUAUCAGGAAUUGAACAAUGUACGUGACCUGCUCUAUGACUUCCCCUGGUUUCACGUGGGACGACUCACAUUUCUGGGGAAAAGGUUUGAGAUCCAGCCGGACGGUUUGCCUUCUGCCAGGAAGCUGGUGUACUACACGGGUUCAGCCUUUCGCUCUCGACAUCUUCUACUACACUUAAGUUCCUGCCAUCGACUGUAUCUCAGCUUGCAACCUGCUCUCAAACACCUGCAUCAGCUGGAGGAGACGGAGGAGAAGAAGAGAUACCGUGAGUCGUACAUCAGUGAUGAACUGGACCUGGAUCAGCCCUGCAGUGAGGGCAGUCCUCACCUCUCCCGACACUCCACCAGCAGCUCCGGCAUUGAGGUGGACACCAGGCAAUGCAGCGUCUCCGUGGAGAUGGUUUCCAUGGAGGAGAAGGAGAAGUCUUUCAUCUCUGCCGUCAGUCAAGGCUCUUCUCAGACCUCUGACGUUGACACGAGCAGCAAAGCCCAGGCUGAUGAGGAUGAUUUGCACGAUGAAGAUGAGCCACGUGAAGUUUCUGUGGAUGACCCUGAGGAUAUCUUACGAUUGGCUAAGCUACUGAAGGGCGUUUCUAUUGACCGUCCCACCAACCAAUCAGACACUGAUUUUAAAGGUCCACGAAUGACUUCAGUUAAGACAGACAAUGAGCAAACGACCCUUUGUGUUACUGACAGCGAUGAACAGGUUUGGAUUCAGAAGACUUGUAACCCAGUCAACCGUCAGAGUCUGAGCCUGGAUGAUGUGCGGCGGUUUUCACCUCUCGUACCACUAGGAACGGCAUCGGUUCUUGACACCUGCCACAGCUACACGUUCGGUCUGCCCAACUCCUCGAGCUCUCCGACCAGUUCCUUUCCAGACAAACCUUCAUUCAAUGCACAGCGUGCCACAAACUGCCUGUCACUGGACCAGCUGGAGGAUAACCAACCAUUGGAGCUUGUCUUUUAAAAGAAAAAGAGAAACAGACAGCAGAAGGAGAAUAAAGACGUGAAUUUUUAAAACUAAACCACACAAUGCGUUAAUAUGCUAUUUAGCAGCCAUACAACACAAUUGUGGGUUGUUUACAGAUAAUAGUAUUCUGCAAAACUUUGUGUGGUACUUUAAAAUCGAACAAGGACUGAGGCAUCAUUUCGUCUGACAUCAUAUAAGUGAUAAAAUGAGUUUGUUUCUUAACUUGCUGUGAUCACAACAAACAAGAGGACGUUUCACAUGAAGGUCUCAGACGGGGAUGAUCUUUCUCUAAAAUGCUUUAUAAAUAAAUGAGAGUGUUUGGCCUCGGGUGGAUUCUCAGGCAGCUUAUAAAUGAACACGAAUGAGAUUUCACAAGCUGUGCUCAGAUUCUUGUACUUUUACAUUGUCAGACAUUUCCUCAAACACAACAUGAAGCCCAUUUUGUUUCUAUAAUCUGCUGCAUUUUAAAGAGAAAAAUAAUGAACUUCUGGGCUGGACUUGCUUUGGGAAUGGAUUGAAAAAUAGUUUGUUUGUAUUCAGCAUCAGAAUAAAGCCAGACAUAAUUAGUCAUAACUUUCUGCUUAUUGGUUAACAUCAUAAUCCAAUAGCCCGUGUGACUUCACUUGAGUGGUAUUAGAAAAGCAAGUUACUACAUGGUGAUUAUGUAAUUGCAGGUACAGUUGGUGUCCAAAGUCAUUAUUUUUUCAGCUUUUUUUAAAUUGGUAUAUAUUUUUUAUUAUUUUAAUAAUCUGUACUCAUUUUCCUGAAUUACAAAAUGUUACAGGCCAUAACAAUUUGGGCUGCAUAAUAACUAAUCGCAGCUAAUCGUUUGCAGAAUAAAAGUUUUAGUUUACAUCAUAUAUGUGUGUAUAAUAAUUCUGUAUAUAUAAACACACACACAUGCAUGUAUAAUAUUAAGAAAAAAAGUAUGUGUAUGUAUGUUAUUCAUAUUUAUAUAUAAUACAAAUUAUAUAUGAAUAGAAAAAUGUAUAUAAAUGUAUAUAAAUAUUUCUUAAAUGUGUGUGUGUGAGUGUGUAUAUAUAUACACAGAAUUAUUAUACACACAUAUAUGAUGUAAACUAAAACUUUUAUUCUGCAUGUGAUUAGUUGUUAUGCAGCCCUAAUAACAGUAUACGGUAAUAUUUUAUAUAAAAGUGUCUUAUAGCUGAAAGUCAAGAUUUCCUGUUGUCCAAAUUACUGUCAAUUCUGUUACCGUCAAACUCGGUUACUAAACAAAGUCAAUAAAAAAUAAAACAAUUGUUAACUUAAUGCAUGUUUUUGUUCUCAAUGUUGCACAUUUUUCUUAAAAAAAAAAAAAUGUAGCCCUUAACAAUAUAUGUCAUACUCUGUUACCAAAGUAGAGUAACAGUGCCACUUUUUUCUUU